UAGGGCCCAACUAGUUAACCCAGCCCUUCACAGCUUGAAGGGAGGGGCAAAGUGAAAGGGACUAGGUAGAAAAACGCAGGCUCAGGUGCCGGCGUUAGUUCCUCUUUCACGCAGACAUGGAAAACGACGACGUCGACAUGCAUGCUGCAGACAACAACGAAGCGGUAAUGGAAUUGGAUGACAUGAAGAAGCGUUUGAAGGAGAUGGAAGAUGAAGCUGCUGCUUUGCGAGAGAUGCAAGCCAAGGUCGAGAAGGAGAUGGGAUCUGUGCAAGAUCCUGCAACUUCUUCUGCGAGUCAGGCCAAUAGAGAGGAAGUAGAUUCUCGAUCAAUCUUUGUUGGCAAUGUGGACUAUUCAUGCACUCCUGAAGAAGUACAGCAGCAUUUUCAAUCAUGUGGAACAGUUAACCGAGUCACCAUUCGUACUGAUAAGUUUGGCCAACCCAAGGGUUAUGCUUAUGUAGAGUUCCUUGAGGUGGAUGCUGUUCAAGAGGCCCUUUCGCUGAAUGAAUCUGAACUUCAUGGACGCCAAUUGAAGGUAACAGCCAAGAGGACCAACAUACCAGGCAUGAAGCAGUAUCGUCCCCGCCGGUCCAACCCUUACAUGGCGUUUCGAGGCAGAACCCCAUAUGCACCUCCUUUUGCCUAUUCUCCAUAUGGAUAUGGAAAGGUUCCAAGGUUCAGAAUGCCAAUGCGGUACAGCCCCUACUAUUGAUUUGUCCAAUUCUGGUUGGAUGGACAGAAUGACGCCCUUCUCCCCCUUCUAUUAUCAUGGUCGGAGCUUUAUCCAAUUCAACAUGAGGGAAUUUCUGACCACCUAGAUUGAUGUCGUUGGUUCUGUGAGGAUUAAGCAUAGACUUGACAGCAAAUCUUGUAAAAUUGUGGUGUUUGCACCUGCUUUGCUUUUAGUAUUGGUAUAUUCAAAUUAAGUUCUUGUAAAAGUAUCCUUCGCAAAUGUUGGUUAAUAUAUCAUAUAUGAAUGGGUUUUGGAUUUGC